ACUAGAGACAUAACCUUUUGUUCCAACUAACAGAUCCAGGUCCUUUGAUCAAAGCUCUGAACAAAGGCCAAGGCGUGGUCACGUUCUCUUCAUAUAAAUCCCCACAGUUUCUGAUUAAAAUUGCAGUAGAUACAUAAAUAUAGUGCUGAAGGUGAAGAAUGGCAGGGGAUGUUGCUCAAUUUCUCCGGAAUAAGUUCCUGGCAUCUCUUAGGGAGACAGAAUCUGAAUUAUCAGGUGCUGUUCUGAUUUCUGAUAUGGGAGCAAUCAAAGAUAUUGUAAUAGAUAUAGAUACGCGAAGACUUACGGAAGAUUACUACCGCCGCUUUAUAUCUGUGCUCCUGGACCUCACCGACGCAUUGACCAAGUGUCAGGUCUUCUCACAUGAGUGGAAGAAGCAUAGUCAUCACAAGACUCAUUUAAUAGUCUUCAACCAUUUGAGUUUGAGGAAGAUUUGUUUCGUGCUGAAGAUGAAGAAGCGGCUGGCUGCAAUAAAACGCAUCUUCGAGGAUGAGUUCCUGGCAUCUCUUAGGGAGACAGGCAAUUGAUGCAUCUCUCUAUUUAAUUUAUGCAUGUUGCCUGCUUGACUACUUUCAGAAGGACAUCUCGAAUAUAUCACCGCUGCAAUCGUUUCUUGUUGACGUAGCAUUGGCAAAACCGUUGAGAACUGACAGCUGGCAUUGUCUCAUUAGGAUGAAACGCACUCAGUCUUCUACAGGAAAACCUUAUGCUUUUUGUAUGGACCCAUUACCACAUUGUUUGCAUGAGGUUGGAGAUGUGGAAAAAGCAGAUAAUCCAACAUUUUACGGACGAUUUUGUUACUACUUCAUCUUGAGAGGCCUUACUGAUUCUAUGAGCGACAGACCAAUCAUAAAGGUUUUGAAUCAUCUUGGUCAUUGGGAAAUUUACAAUCACCUUCCUAUCACAUUGCUGACCAUCUCCCUAGAAGAGGAUCCACCACUAUAUGGGGGAUCCAUCCAUAUUAAAGAGGUGACACCCACGAACCCAUCUUUCAUAGACGAUGGACGCCUCGAAGUUGUCGGUUCCAAAUAUGAUUUUUGGUACGGGGGCAUAGACUGGCCUCUCCUUGAUCAGGUACGAGGAAUUCGCUUCGAGUUUAUAGAGGGCGCAGGAGGGGUUGUGGGCUUAAGAAUUGAUGAAGGAAUGUCGUUUGGUAUCUGUAUUGAGGAUUUGGUUGAGAUUGAAAUCUCUUACCACGGUCAAGUCAACAUUCUCGCCCUUCCAGAUUGCGCAGCAAAAAGUAUCCAUCUCUCCACACAAUCCAGUGUUUCCCAAGCUAACGCUAAGGAUUAG